AUGGCAAAUCGUGUCUUGAGUCGUGUCCACAGCCUCCGUGAGCGCCUUGACGAUACCCUUGCCUCUCAUCGAGAUGAAAUAGUACUGUUUCUAUCAAGGCUCGAAAGCCACGGAAAGGGAAUUCUAAAGCCUCACCAGCUUCUGGCCGAGUUCGAGUCCAUUAUCCAAUCGGAUGAUGCUAAAGGACUGCAAGAUCACGCCUUCAAACAAGUUCUCAAGAGCACACAGGCAAAUAUCUAUAUAAUCUCGAUUUUCUUAAUAUUAUUCGAAGCAAUCGUGUUCCCUCCUUGGGUUGCGCUUGCUAUCCGGCUAAGGCCAGGCGUGUGGGAGUACAUACGAGUCGAUGUUAAGACAUUGGCCGUGGAGGAACUAACCGUGCCCGAAUAUUUGCAGUUUAAGGAAGAGCUUGUGGAUGGACCUUUGAACGGCAACUUUGUUCUCGAGCUUGAUUUCGAACCAUUCACCGCGUCUUUUCCGAAGCCGACACUCACAAAGUGGAUUGGUAACGGCGUGGAGUUCCUCAAUCGGCACCUCUCGGCAAAAAUGUUUCACGACCGGGAUAGCAUGACCCCACUCCUCGAUUUCCUCCGGUCCCAUCACUAUAAGGGCAAGACAUUGAUGUUGAACGACCGAAUAAGGAACCUUAACGCUCUCCAAUCCAUGCUGAGGAAGGCCGACGAGUACCUUUCCACACUUCCUCCCGACACGCCGUACGAGGAUUUCGAGCACAAGUUCCAAGAAAUCGGGCUCGAGAGAGGGUGGGGAGACAAAGCCGAGCGCGUGUCUGAAAUGAUCUCUAUGCUUCUGGACCUUCUAGAAGCUCCUGAUUCCUGCACUCUAGAAAGAUUCCUCGGGCGGGUCCCUAUGGUCUUCAACGUUGUCAUUCUUUCGCCUCACGGGUACUUUGCUCAGGAGAAUGUCUUGGGUUAUCCGGACACGGGCGGCCAGGUUGUCUACAUUUUGGAUCAAGUUCCGGCAUUGGAGCGUGAGAUGGUCAAACGUAUUAAGGAACAAGGACUUGAUAUCGAGCCACGGAUUCUCAUUGUGACUCGAUUACUUCCGGAUGCAGUCGGAACGACUUGUGGCCAAAGGCUCGAGAAGGUUUUUGGAACCGAGCACUCGCACAUUCUCCGAGUCCCCUUCAGAACAGAGAAAGGGAUCGUUCGGAAAUGGAUUUCUCGAUUUGAGGUGUGGCCUUACAUGGAAACUUUCACCGAGGACGUCGCAAAAGAAAUUACGGCAGAACUGCAAACGAAGCCCGAUUUGAUAAUUGGUAACUACAGUGAGGGGAAUCUUGCAGCUUCCUUGCUUGCCCACAAGUUAGGUGUAACUCAGUGUACAAUUGCGCAUGCGCUCGAGAAAACGAAAUAUCCCGAUUCAGACAUCUACUUGAAGAAAUUCGACGACAAGUACCACUUCUCGUGUCAGUUCACGGCCGAUCUAUACGCGAUGAACCAUACCGAUUUCAUCAUUACCAGCACGUUCCAAGAGAUAGCCGGAAGCAAACACACUGUGGGACAAUACGAGAGCCACAUGGCAUUCACGAUGCCCGGUUUAUACCGUGUUGUGCAUGGCAUUGAUGUCUUCGACCCGAAAUUCAACAUCGUCUCGCCAGGAGCCGACACGAAGGUCUAUUUCCCGUACACGGAAAAGGAGAAAAGGCUCACGGCAUUCCAUCCGGAAAUCGAGGAGCUUCUGUAUAGCAACGUCGAAAACGACGAACAUUUAUGUGUCCUCAAAGACAAGACCAAGCCCAUCCUAUUCACCAUGGCCCGUCUCGACCGUGUCAAGAACCUAACCGGGCUCGUCGAGCUCUAUGCCAAGAGCCCCCGCCUCCGCGAGCUCGUCAACCUCGUCGUGGUCGGCGGGGACCGCCGCAAGGAGUCGAAAGAUCUCGAGGAACGAGCCGAGAUGAAGAAAAUGUACGAUCUGAUCGGGACCCACCACCUGAACGGUCAGUUCAGGUGGAUCUCGUCCCAGAUGAACAGGCUACGCAACGGGGAGCUCUACCGAUGCAUAGCCGACACGAAGGGCGCUUUCGUCCAACCCGCGUUUUACGAGGCGUUCGGGCUCACGGUGGUUGAGGCCAUGACGUGCGGGCUUCCGACCUUCGCGACCGUGCACGGUGGGCCCGCCGAGAUCAUCGUGCAUGGGAAGUCGGGCUUCCACAUCGACCCGUACAACGGGGAGGAAGUCGCGGGUGUUCUAGUCGAUUUCUUCGAGAAGUGCAAGGUGGACCCCGCGCAAUGGGACGCCAUCUCGGUUGGCGGCUUGAAGCGUAUCGAGGAGAAGUACACAUGGCAGAUUUACUCGGACAGGCUGCUGACGCUGGCCGGAGUGUACGGUUUUUGGAAAUACGUGUCGAAGCUCGAUCGGCUGGAAAUCAGGCGGUACCUUGAGAUGUUCUACGCGCUCAAGUUCCGUAAACUGGCUGAAGCAGUUCCUCUGGCUGUUGAGUGA